AUGUCUACCAUCGCGCUUCGUCGCGUUCUUGCCCAUGUGCCGCGGAGAUGUGCGCAGAGGACAUCGGCGAGCUUGCGUGUGGGCGGUAGACGCGGCAUGGCUUCGGACGCGCACGGUGCGAAAAAGUCCAGCGAUACUGCUUGGCUCAUUGGCUCCGGCGUCGUCACUGCGCUUGGUGCUGCUUGGAUCCUUUCGCCACCGUCGAAGAAGCCAGCACACUCCGCUGCAAAGGCCGCAAAAGCUCCCAUCGAGCACGCCCUUCCGCCCCCAGAGAAGGAGACGCAGAAAGAACCUCAAACGAUGAAAGACUCUGAGGGGACUGAGGCAGACGUUACCGAAAGUCAAAAGGCUAGCUUCGAUGCGGAUUCACCAAAGGACGCUCAAGAAUCCGAAGAAUCCGGUUCUGCUGAAGACACUCGCUUUGACGACGGUGCACCAGGUCAAACUGCAGAAGUGCAUGAAGAAGAAAAACCUGAGCAAAAGGAGAAGCCGGGCAAAACAGAACGAACUGGAACUCUUCAGGACAAACCCGGACCAACAAAUCUCGGCGAAGCACGGAAGCAGGCUAAGGAAGAAGGGAAUGCACCAAAGGAGGCGGCAAAGGAGACUGAAAAGCAAUCCGAAUCUUCUUAG